AUGGGACGGACGAAACAGCGAGGGAAGACGCUGACGCUGGGUGAAUUCUUCGCCGAGACGUCGACGCAGCGAACGAGUGGAUUGCUCGGCGCGCGCUUAGCGCGCGCGGUGGACGGUGCGACGGACGGUGGAGACGAUGGGGACGAUGAUUCCUACGCCGAGUUCACGGUGGAGAUCGGAAACGCGAGCGUGCGGUGCGCCGAGCAAGAGGGGUCGUACGACGUCCGGGCGUUCGCGCGCGAGGGACGAAACGCGGGCGGGAAGGUGAUUAAGAGCGUGACGUUCGUAUUCGGUGGUAAAAUGGGCGAACGUAGGGUCACGGAGGCUCCGUUUGAGGUGCAGUAUCGAUGCGAGACGUCGGUGGACGUGGAGGUGGCGGUGCAGUUCCACAGGGCGUUGAACGCGCGGCCGGUGAGGGAGCUCCACGCGAUCGAGUUGUCGAGCGAAGAGCGAGAGUUCUCGAGGUCGUUCGCGGUGGAGGUGAAGCGAAGGGCGUUGAUGAAGGUUUUAGGCAAGGAUAAGGGCGAUGCCGAGGUCGAUGUGCGCAGGGCGGAGUCGAGGUCGAGUCUGUUGGAGGAGAGUCAAUCGCGGGGCGUCGACGCGUGGACCGUGCAGGACGUGAGCGAGUGGCUGCGUUCGAUCGAGCUCGAGGAGCUCGUGGAGAGGUUUGCCAAGGCGAAAAUAAAUGGGUACGAACUCCUCAGGUUAACAGAAAAGGAUUUACGAGAGAGCUUGCACUUGGAGAGGAAUUUAGAACGCGUGCGAGCGAUUCGAGCUAUAAACGUCUUGCGCGCGAGCGCGGGCGCCGCGGACGCGGAGAACGAUGAUAAGAGCGCCACACCGCCGCUCUCCGCACCCUUGGGUGCCCCUAGAGGUGGUCUGAGCCCCUUGGAGCUCGAGCUCGACGUGUCGUGGAUCGAGUUCGUGAGUGAGAAGGCGCGCGCGAGCGUUCUCAUCGGGUGGUUCAUGCACGUCCUCGAUGAAGUCAAAGCGAAGGAGUUUGACGAACCCGGGCCACAGCUCAGCGUGUACUGCGAGGCGACUUUGCAAGCAUCGAAGAGUUGCGAGGACGCGUUAGAGGAGCGCGUGUUGGACAUUUUAGAAUCCACCCCAGGUUGGGAUCCGCGUACAAAAAUGUUCCCGAGCACGUGCGACUUGACAAAACUUAACGAUCAGCUCAUGGAGUUGUACCUGGAGGUGAAGGCGUUUGAAGAGUUCGCGGCGUUGAACAUGGACGACGAUCGUGGUGAGCACGAGCGUUCGAGAUCGACGCCGCCGAAGAUGCCGGGAGAGUCGUCUCCGGCGAUUCCUAGACUCAAUCGAGCCGAAAGCUUGACGACGCCGAGCGUGAGCGGAUCGCCCACAUUUACGUCGCCGCGCAACGACAUGGGACCGUCGCCGUCGCCGAGCGGAUUAAACGUUGGUGCCCGUUCGUUUUCACCCACACCGUUGUCCGAUCUCACGCGUUCGUCUCUCCCGGAGCUCCAAGAAGACGAAGUCGCGGAUGGAGACCGCGUGAUGGAGCUCAACACGGAGUGGGAGAUCGAUUACAACGACAUCGAGUUCGAGGGCGGCGUCCCUUCCUCUAAAAAUAGGAUUGGCCACGGAGGGUUUGGCGAGGUGUUCCUCGGUCGAUAUCACGGAUCGCUCGUCGCGGUGAAGAAGUUGUUCAACCAGGACAUGAUGGGUAAGGGCUUACAGGAUUUCCGACGAGAGGUGAGGAUAUUAUCGAGGCUUCGUCACCCGUCAAUCGUUCUGUGGCUCGGCGCGUGCACGCAGGCGCCGAACCUGACCAUCGUGCUCGAGUACAUGGAGAAAGGGUCGCUCCAUCAGUUCCUCCAUCGAACAACCAAUCCGUACACCACGCUCACGCUCACGCGGUGGGGAAUCACGAUCGUGCAAGGAAUGGUAUACCUGCACUCGGCCAAGCCGUUUCCGAUCGUACACUGCGACUUAAACACGAAUAACGUUCUUGUGAACCGAGACGGGAUGGUAAAGAUCACCGAUUUCGGCCUAUCCAAGGUCAAACACAGUUCGCGUCUGUCCCGACAGACUGGCAUGACCGGGACGGUGAACUACGCCGCCCCCGAGGUGAUUCGCGGCGGAAAAUUUAGCGAGGCCUCGGACGUGUUCUCCUUCGGCGUCGUCAUGUGGGAGCUCCUCACCCGGCGUAUCCCAUGGGAAGAUCUCAACGAGUAUCAGAUCGUGUUCCAGAUGACAUCUGAACUCGAUGCCCCGCUCGCGGCGACUGCGAAGAACCUCGAGCUUCCGUCUUCGUCCCCCGAGGGGUUCCGAAAGAUCAUCCACGGAUGCUGGGCGACGCAACCCGAGCGCCGCUCCGGCUUCAAGGACGUCCUCGUCCAUCUCCGAGAGGAGUACCGCGUGCUCGUCGAGAAGGAAAAGGCUUUACGAGCGAGUCGUCAGGGGUCGAGCUCCAGCCUCUCCGGUGCCCCACCGCAAUGA